UUCCCAACCCCUACCAGCCAAAAAAAAAAAAAAAACGGAGAGAGAGAGUGGUGGUGGUGGUGGUACUAAUAGCAGCCGUAGCAGCUAGCUCCGAGCCCUACCUCUCGUCGCCUCCACGCCCCCGCGGCUUCCUCACUAACGCUCGGCGCUGGUGCUCGCUCGCCGGAGGGGGUGGGGACUCACCUGUCCUUCUCCGAUGGAAGCCUCUAGAAGGAGGGGAAGCUGCUGAUAGUGCACGGUAACUCCCCCAUCCCUCUCUGCGACGGCUGAUUCUUCGAUUGAUAUAAUCAGCAGGUGAUCUCAUAGUUGCCCUGUUUUCCUGGCUGCAAGCAAAUGUAAUAAUGGACAACAUUGGGCAUAGAGAAAAUGGCAGGCAAAGGCCAGACCAAUAUAAAGCAGUUCAUACUCAGUGGAUGAUGCCUCAAAGGCAGCUAAAGGACCAUCAUAGUAUGAAUCUCCUGGCACUAAUGAAUGAGAAGGACAGUGCCAUCCGAGAAAGAGACCAUGCUCUCGCGGAGAAGAAAGCUGCUAUAGCUGAGCGAGAUAUGGCAUUUGCCCAGCGGGAUGCUGCAAUGGCUGAGCGGAAUGCUGCAAUCGUGGAAAGGGACAAUGCCCUUGCUGCUCUUGAGCUUGCCCGUACAAAUGGAUUUAAUAUGAAUAAUGGGAAUGGAUUUCACCAAGGACCUCUCAAUGGAACAAGGAACAUCCACCACCAUGACCAGCUUUCUCAUGUUCAAUCAUCCCCGUUGCAGCUGGCGGAUUCUCCAUAUGAUCAUGUCAGAGAAAUGCACGUAUCGGAAGCAUACCCUAUCUCAACAUCUCCAGGGGGUGCUGGAAAGGGAAAGAAACCAAGGAAGAAUAAUUCCCAAGCUUCUCCAUUGAAGAGGCCAUCAGGUGUGCUCCGGAAAACCAAGAAGGCAACCAGCGACUGGAAGAAUGGGGGGAUGUCUGGUGGAGCUGAAGAUUUAGCUCGUGCUUCUGUGACAAAGAAUCAGUGGAAGGACCAAGACCUUGGUCUGAACCAGGUCUCAUUCGACGAGUCAACCAUGCCUGCGCCCGCCUGCUCGUGCACAGGGGAGCUUCGCCAGUGCUAUAAGUGGGGGAAUGGUGGGUGGCAGUCAUCCUGCUGCACCAUGAGCAUGUCCAUGUAUCCGCUCCCAGUGAUGCCCAACAGGCGCCACGCCCGCAUGGGGGGAAGGAAGAUGAGCGGUGGUGCAUUCACAAAGCUGCUCAGCCGGCUGGCGGCCGAAGGCCAUGAUCUCUCAACACCGGUGGACCUCAAGGACCACUGGGCCAAGCAUGGCACAAACCGGUACAUCACCAUCCGGUAGCUCUGCGUCCAUUGGUGUACCUGCCAUUCAAGCUGGAAAGGGGAGAUCACGCAAAUGUUGCUUCUCCUGCAUUCCCUAAAGCCUCACUGGUGCCAUCUUUUGUAAUGCCAUUGGUUUCUAGUGGGUGGGUAGAGUUUUGUGUUCACAGUGCUUGUAGGUUCUCCCUUUUCUGAACUGGUUAUUGCGCUCGUGGUGCUGAAAUGCUGCUAGUCCACGAGACUGGAAGUUUCAUUGUGGUCCCCAAGUAUUCAUCGUGAGAUCGUUGUAUAGUUUGACAUCCUGAUUAAAGUGGUAGUGGCAGAAGGUCUACUAUAAUUAGCUUCAAGAUAAUGGCUUAUCCUUAUUCUACCUUCCCGCCAGUUUUAUC